GUCACGACGCUUUUCUGUUGUGUUUGUUGCGGUUACCAUAGCAACAUCUGAGGAGCUGCUCCGUUUUUACGCGUUUUCUUCUGUCGCUUCUGAGCCGUUAAAGUAAAGAUGGAUCUAAACUCUUUACCUGUUCUGACAGACUCACAAAAAAAGCUGAAAGUUGAAAACAGAAGGAAAAACAUCUUUGUUACGCAGGUGGACGAGCUCAGAGAGCGAAACACUGAGCAGAUGAAACACAUCCCUGUGAUAACAGAGUGUUCUAGUGGGAUCCUGGAGACGGGUGUGAACACACUUCAGUCAACACUGCUGCUGAAGAAACAGGUGGAGAUGAACCACGCGCACACAAAUCUUCUGGACAAACGACAGCAGUUUAAAGACGUCAUGCAGAUCCUGCAGCAGAGAAGAGCAGAUCUACAACACAAACAGCUGGAGGCAAAACAAAGGGCAGCGAAAUUUGAGAAAUUUGUAGAAGAGUUAGGGUUAGGUAAUGAGAUCAAACGUCGGCGCGCCUUGAAGAAAUUCCUGCAGGAAAAGCAGCAGAAUGAGUGUAAAGAAAAGGAGAAAGCUGAACUCUCAACACAACUGGAACGACUACAAGCAAGGCGACUUUAUUUACAAGAGCGCGUGAAGAAAUAUAAGAUUUUUGAAGAGUUUCUGUUGAAGGUUCUUCAGGUACUUCCAGACAACUAUCUGGGCUAUGGAACAGAUUUAGUGACGCCAAUAAUCAGACGUCAUGAGACACUGUCCACCUCACGCCAGGAGCUUCUGCAGCACUUAACCUCUCUGACGGAGGAGCUCAAGACAGACCAACACCACCUCGACGUUCUCAAACAACAACACGGCACAUACAAACUGAUGAGUAACCAGAAGUUAACAGAACUGCAGACACAGUUGGAUGAAAUAAAAGAGAAGAAGAAACAGCUGGAGAUGAAGCUGCAGAUGAGUGUGGGUCAAUCCAGAGAUCAGGUGGAGGAGAUGGGCAGUGUUUUCAUGGCUGUAAGGAGUCUUGGAGAGCAGUGUUAUCUGAAUCACUAUGGACCUCUAGAUGUCAUGGACACAAUGAGCAUGAUGGACAUGAUAAAGGAGUUCAUUAUGGAGAAAGCAGACCUGGAGAAAAGAGCCACGAGACUCACAGACACCAGUUCAGGAACACCAGGAAAAAAAGCUUCCAGUAAAAUCCACAUGAAGUCCUCCAGUAAGAGCAGCAGCAGACCAGCAAUGCAGAUCCCUCAGUAAUCACCACUUUACAUUUUAUUUUUAUAAUUACUGUAUGAUGUUGUGGAUCAUGGGAUAUUCUCACGAAACAUCAUGGAAGUAAAUAUUUAAAUUAUAAAACAUAUAACUCACAAAUUGUGAUCGCACACAAAAGCAUCAUUUUUACAUAAUUAAUUAUUCCUGUACAGGAUUGUAUUGUUUUUUCUGCUGAAAUUCUCAUGAAAAAGUCAAUGAAAACAUUCUGAAAAGAACAAUUGAAUGUACUACUUGAUGUUCUUGUAUGACAAAAAAUUAUAAUUCACGGAAUAUUUAUGUAUAAUAAAAAUGAAGAAAUAGUGAAAGAAAGAAGUGUCCAUGACUGUCUCAUCCUUCCCAAUAGUUUAAAUGACUGUUUACACACACGCCAAAAUAUAAACAUUAAGCUAGAUUUUAUGUGACGAAACACACCUGCCAGUGCCUCUCAAAUGGCUGCCAGGUUAACAGAUGACUGACUUAACUUCAUAUUCUCUUCAUUCUCAUUACAGAUACAGGUCGUUUAAGAUAUUUAGAAAAUUGUUACAUGAAUGUCUUAUCUAUUUAUGAAAACCUGUUUAGGCAUCAUUACUUUUCUUCUCUUAAGCUUAACAUGCUAUGGGAUUGACUGUUUUAAAAGGUGACUGUAUACUGAGAAGUUUAUGAAACUAAAUGUUGAAAGUGUUUCCAGUCAUGCUUUUAAACAUGUUAUAACUUGUUUUUAAUGAAUUAUAAAGCAUGUUGAAGCAGGUGUUUUUAAGAAAAUCAUUUCAUGAGAGUCACCCAGAUGCACAAUUUAGUCAUUCUUUUGGAAUUUCUAACAUGCCAAUAAAUCCAUAACCCAGUGUGCUUCCUUAUACUGUGUAGGUUUACUAUCAGUGUUGGGUGUCACUAGUUAUAAGUAGUACUAAGUUACUUUAAUUUCAUUACUUUUCCCUUAAAAAGUAAAGGGAUUACUCUUAUUUGUUCUGUACUUUAAUUAGUUACUUCUGAUGUAACAGAAAUAAAUACAGUGUAAUUUAUACAAUAGAGGAAUUGACAUCAAAAUUCAAAAUGUAUCUUUAAAAUUCAUGCA